AUGUCGCACGUGGCAGCGGUAGAACCCCUACAACAACAGGCUUGGCUUCUCUCCCACAGUCCCACUCGACCACCAUUCUUAGCGUCCUCUCCUGUUGUCCAUUCAAGGACCAAGCGACCCGACACUCUUAAGGCUGUCAAAGACACCUAUAAGCAUCUUCCUGCUACCUACAACUACUCCAGUCCUGUCUCAUAUGAUGCUGUUAGCGGUAAUAGUGUGGGUGCCCAGUACAGCCGCAAGCUGUACAACCCUCGACAGAAGAAUGGUAAGAACGAGACUCGGAUCACGCAGUAG